GCUGUGGUUGGCUAGGCAACGGCAGUAGCUAGUUGUGCACGUCUCCCGAACCCGUAGCCUAAAUAAAAUUGGUUGUUGUGCAUUAUCAUUGAAACUGUUGUUAUUUUCCUCAACCACGCAUCAACUGAGAUCAUAAACUUUACUGUGUGACCCGCUGAAGAUGACCGAGUCCUCUCUAAGUGCUUUGGGUGCAAAAGUUGUCGUCGCUGCGUCCUGCGAUGAAAAUCACCCACCAGAAAACAUCAUUGACGGAAACACUAAAACGUUUUGGAUGUCCACCGGGAUGUUUCCUCAGGAGUUCAUCAUCCGCUUUGUUGAGCCCACGAAGAUUUCUGCUGUGACAGUGGACAGCUACAAUGUCAAGCAUCUAAAGAUAGAAAAAAAUACCUCACGAAAUGCUUCUCAAUUUGAGCCUGUCACAGAAAAAGAAUUUGAACAUACAGAGGGACAUCUUCAAUCAAAUGCUAUUUCACUAAAUGGAAGCAAUGCAACCCACCUUCGUUUUAUCAUCACCACAGGAUAUGAUCACUUUGUUUCAGUGCACAGAGUAAAUAUACAAAACUGACACACUUGAUUAUUGUGAAUUAAACCCUGAUGGAUUAUUUUUUGUA